AUGAUUGCGACGCCAGCCAAGUUCCCAGAACCAAAGGGCAAGGCAAAGGCAAAAGCUCAAAACAAAAAGCCUGAGGAGAAACCGGAGGAACCAGAAGAAACCAAGAAGUCCAAGAAAAAGAAGAGAGAAGAUGAAGAAACCAAGGACGUAGAAGAAGCCAAGAAGCAGAAGAAGAAGACAAAGAAGGUGGAAAAUGAGGAAUUGGAGGAACCAGAGAAAUCCCAGAAGAAGAAGACGAAGAAGAAAGACAAUGAGGAAUUGGAGGAACCAGAGAAACCCCAGAAGAGGAAGACGAAGAAGGCUGAGGAUGAUGAAGCAGAAGACACCAAGAAGUCCCAGAAGGAAAAAAAGACAAAGGGGGCAGAUGAGGAAUUGGAGGAACCAGAAGCCAAGAAACACCAGAAGAAGACGAAGAAGGCAGAGGAAGAGGAAGAAGCCAAUACCCGGAAGAAAAAGAAGACAAAGGGGGCAGCAGAUGAGGAAUUGGAGACGAAGACAAAGAAGGCAAAAGAUGUGGAACCAGCCAAGAAGCCCAAGAAGAACAAAACGGCAGAGAAGAAUAAGAAAAGUGAGGAGAUCACCGAGGAACCCAACGACAAGCGACAGAAGAAGAAGAAGAAGCAGACUAAAGAGGCAGAACCUACAGCAGAGCCAGAAGAGGAAGCAGAGGAGGAAGCACAGGAGGAAGCAGAGGAGGAAGCAGAGGAGGAAGCACAGGAGGAAGUGGAGGAGGAAGCAGAGAAAGAAGCACAGGAGGAAGUGCAGGAGGAAGCACAGGAGGAAGCAGAGGAGAAGCACACAGAGGCAAAGGAUGAACACAUGAAAGACGAGCUGAAACAGGAGUCUUCUUCAGAGGUGAUGACCUCACCUGCUGGAGUGCCGCCUGUGCGAUCACCUCCUUCGGAUGUCUUCACACUUCUUGAAGGGCAAGCUCAAAUGAUGGCCCAGGCAGCAGCUACAGUCUUUACAAACUUGUCACAGGAGGCCUCGCAAACAGAGUCUCAACUUUUUGCAGGGUUGGGUGGAUCUGCGAGCGAAGUGGCUACUCAGAAGCUUCAGGAGGAGAUGGUUCGCGCGAUCACGGCUGCGUUGACCAACGUCUUGCCAGUGAACCAGGCAGUAGAUAUUUCAAAGUCAAGGGCACCGCAGUUCACCAGUAUGCUGGCUUUGCCGGCUCCAUUUGCUGACACUCAGAUCGACCCUGAAUCCAAUGAGAAGGAACAGCCGGAAAAGGAGCAGGAGCAGAAGCCAGAUGAAGUCCUGCCAGCUGAAGCUCCUGAACCCGCUCCUUCUGCUCCUUCCCAGGUUUCAGCUUUGUCUCCGAGUGGAUUGGCUGCGGCAGAAACCAAUGCGGCUUCCAAAGAACUUCAAGAUGCAUGUAAGCCACUUCCAGAAGAAUCAGAGUUGUUUGAUCGAGAAACAGAACCUGGAGAAGUAGCAUACACCAACAAGGCGCAGAUCAAGGGUAUGAAAGAAGGCUGGGUGGUCAAACUCUCGAUUUUUCUUGAUUGGCGUUUGUGGUUCCAAGAGUUUUGUCAAUCCUCCAUCCUUUCCCCUGUGGCAGAUGAGAUCCUGGAAUUGCUGAAGGCUGGCAAGAUUCCGUAUGAGUGGAUCAACACCAGCAACUGUCGGAAGGCAGCCAUGAAAAUGAACCGUUGGUGUGAAGAUCAUGGGGACGCGGAAACCGUACCGAAUGUCAUGAAGAUGUUCAACGGCUCUCACACAGAAAGGCUGAAGCUCCUUCGGAAUUGGAUUGCUUCGGGUGGUGUUGCAGAGAAGGUGGAAACUACGCUUACUGUCACCAAGGAGCAGAUGCAGCAGGGCAAGGAGAAAGAGAAGCUGCUCACUAUCCAGGGCAUGAAAGACCAUGGGUUCUCAGAGGCGAAGAUCAAGCACAUCUGUCAGACCUUCACUCCGGUCCUCGACCCUGACUGCCCGCAUCUUUUGGAAGAGACCAAAUGGUGGUGCAAUGUCGAGCAGGAAAGGACAAGGACUUCCACCAACAAGCAAUGUUUGUCUGGUGAAGUUCGCGUGAAGACCGAUGGAGGUGUGAUCAAUGCCCUUACCAACGAGCCGGCUUCGAAUGGCCAAGCCCCUCCCAGCGCUUUCAAUGUCCGGGGCCUUUUGGAUGAUUCUUUCAAACCGAAAGCCGUGCGUGCAGAGCCUCAAGAGGAGGAUCCUAAGCCAAAGACGAAGCCAAGGAAGCCUCAAAGGACAAAGAAGGGCACCAGCACCAAGGUUUGUGAACCCAAGAAGCGGUCAGAGAUGCUGAAGGAUGCUUGCUCCUAG